AUGACUGGAGGCAAAUCCGGCGGCAAGGCCAGCGGCAGCAAGAACGCUCAGUCCCGUUCGUCCAAGGCUGGUCUGGCGUUCCCCGUCGGCCGUGUUCACCGUCUGCUCCGCAAGGGCAACUACGCUCAGCGUGUCGGUGCCGGUGCUCCCGUCUACCUCGCGGCCGUCCUCGAGUACCUGGCUGCUGAGAUUCUCGAGUUGGCCGGCAACGCUGCCCGUGACAACAAGAAGACUCGUAUCAUCCCCCGUCACCUCCAGCUCGCCAUCCGUAACGAUGAGGAGCUGAACAAGCUCCUGGGUCACGUCACCAUUGCCCAGGGUGGUGUUCUGCCCAACAUCCACCAGAACCUUCUCCCCAAGAAGACCCCCAAGGCCGGCAAGGGCAGCCAGGAGCUGUAA